UCAAAGUCUCUCCUCUUUGCAGAACCCUAGUGUUGUUGCGCUUCGCUUCACUUCACUUCACUUCAUCCUACUCCUCACCAACAAUGGCGGACAAGGCAGUCACCAUACGAACCAGAAAGUUCAUGACCAACCGGCUUCUCUCCAGGAAGCAAUUUGUCAUUGAUGUUCUUCACCCAGGAAGACCAAACGUCUCUAAGGCAGAGCUGAAGGAAAAGUUAGCAAGAAUAUAUGAUGUGAAGGAUGCAAAUGCAAUUUUUGUUUUCAAGUUCCGGACUCACUUUGGAGGUGGAAAAUCUACUGGGUUUGGUUUGAUCUAUGAUUCUGUUGAAAACGCUAAAAAAUACGAACCCAAGUACAGGCUCAUCAGGAAUGGACUUGACACUAAAGUAGAGAAAUCAAGGAAGCAAAUGAAGGAGAGGAAGAACAGAGCCAAGAAGAUUCGUGGAGUAAAGAAAACAAAGGCCUCAGACGCUGCCAAGGCUGGAAAGAAGAAAUGAAGAGUCUACUGCUGGGAUUUUGUGCCUCUCCCCUUUUCUCUCUCUUAUCAUUUCUUCAUUCCAUCUCUCACUUAGUUCUAGUUCUAAAGUGGUGUGUUGCCAUUUUUGAAAUCAAAUCGACCUCUGGAGAAUUGUUGACACCCAAUGUUUUAGCCUUUUUUGAAAUGAAGUCAGUCAAUGUCUGAAGAAUUAUUAUUGACACCAAUGUAUUUUGUUGUUCAGGGUUAAAACUGAAAGGUAUUUUGAUUGCAAAACAAUUUUAAUGGUGUGAACCCAACUUGAUAGUUGCAUUU